ACACCUGAGUAACCCACAGCUGCAGUGGGUUACUGAGCACACAGAGCAAUAAUACAGCAGAGCUGCAGCUGAUGGGCCUGAGGUCCCUCCCCUGCUCAUUUAUGGCUCUGGACACUGGAAGCAAAGGCUGCACACGACUGAAGAGCGAACACAGACACCAAGAGAAGCAGUGCGCUGCAGCCAUGUCAAGCACAAGUAACCGGUUUUGGGAGUUUUGGAGGAGCCAGAGGGAGCGAGGAGCUCUGCAAAGGAGAGUCGAUGAGCUGAGACUGGAGCCCUCACAACUGAAGCUGUUGCUAAGCAACAGAGGAAUUCGGGCAGAGCUUCCGAAAGCCAGGAUGGUGUCUCUGCUUCCACCUGUGGAUGCAGAGGUCUUCAGACGUCUCACUCCGGAGAGCGGCGUCCGCUGCCCAGAGGUGACAGACCAGCCCAAAGCAGCUGUUCAUCUGGAGUCUGGGAAGCCUCUCCCGUUUGUGUAUGGGACCCCACCCAUACAUCUCCUCAACACCCCACUGGAGGAGCUGGAUCCUUUCUACCAAUCACAGAAGACCUUCAUUGUGCUUGAUAGAGGAAACAUCAUCCACAGGUUCAGUGCUGAGUCGUCCUGUUACCUGCUGAGUCCGUUCAGCCCAGUGAGGAGGGUCGCUAUCAAGAUUCUACUCAACUCGUGGUUCCGGCUUUUCAUCCUUUUAACGAUUCUGGCCAACUCCCUUUUGAGCUGGUUUGCACAAUACAUCUUCACAGCCAUUUACACCUGUGAGGUCAUAGUGAAGGUCAUGUCCCGAAGUUUCUGUAUGGGACGCUUUACCUUCCUCAGAGACCCCUGGAACUGGCUCGACAUCAUGGUCAUCACCACAGGGCUUUUGUCCAGUUUCGUACACAUGGGGAAGGCUUCUGUCCUGAUGCCAGUGUUCUUGCAUCUAAAGAUGAUCGCAGUCUACCCAGGUAUGAGAAAGACUGCAGAAGCUCUCGUCAAAUCAGUGAAGCAGUUGGCUGGUGUUUUCAUUCUGACAGUGUCUGGACUGAGCAUCCUGGCUACGAUUGGUCUGCUGCUCUUUAUGGGAAGCUUGAGCCAAAAAUGUGUCACAACGUUUUCUAGUAAUGUGACUGAACCCAGUUUCCUUGACUACAAUGGCAACCUCAGCUUCAUCACACACAUCAAACGCCCUGGAAACUACUACUACCUAUCAGAUCACAUUGACCCUCUGCUGUGUGGAAACAACUCCAUGGCUGGGGCCUGUCCAGAGGGUUACUCCUGCCUGAGUACAGGGGAAAACCCAAACUAUGGAUUCACCAGCUUUGACUCAUUUGGUUGGUCCCUGUUAAGUCUGUUCAGACUAAUGACCCAGGACUACUGGGAAAACCUGCUCCAGAUGGUGUUGAGGACAUCAGGCAAAAGCUAUGUGAUUCUCUUUGCACUCAUUUUCUUACCUGGCUGUUUCUGCCUGAUCAGCCUUAUUGUGGCGGCAGUAGUUGUGGGGUUUGUUGAACGGGAUGAGGCUGGCAUCACAGAGGCCAAACAGAAAGAAGAGGAGUUCCUUCAGAUCCUGGAAGUGAUGAGGAGGAAAGACGAGCAAAGGUCUGGAGGGGACUCAGCUGCAGACAGGAAGAGCCAUGAACACACAGCAGGGCCUGAGCAGGACCGCAGCUCAUGCUUUGCCUGUUGGACCGCCUUUGCCAACCUCUGCCUCAAGUGGAACUGUUGUGCCUGUUGGCGGUGGCUCAAACAGCGGCUUCAAGCCUUUGUCACAAACCCGUUCUUUGACCUUGGGGCUGUUAUCUGCACUGUCCUCAAUGUCAUCAUCUUUUCCAUGAAUCAUUAUCCAAUGACAAUGACUUUCGAGUACAAGCUGAUUUUGGCAGAACUGGUGUUCACCGUGAUUUUCCAAGUAGAGGUGAUUCUUAGGGUUCUGGCCUCGGACCCCUAUGGCUACUUUAAGGUGGGCUGGAACGUCUUUGAUUUUAUCCUCUUCGUUAUCUCUAUCAUCACGAACUUCAUCGUGUCAUACAUUUAUCUAAGCCCAGUGGUCAGAGUGUUCAGGUUGGGUCGCUGGUGGCCCUCCUUCAACCUGUGGAUGAAGGUCGUCUGGUCCUCUAUGAAGGCUUUGAGGAACUUGACUUUGAUUCUGUUCAUCAUAGUCUUCAUGUUCAGUAUAGUUGGGGAGAAGCUGUUCCGGGACGACUACAACACCAACCUCUAUCGCAUCUCAGCCGAAGUGCAGCUUCCACGCUGGCACCAAGCCGAUUUCUUCCAUGCCUUCCUUGUUGCUGUCAGGAUCCUAUGUGGAGAAUGGAUCGAGACCCUGUGGGACUGCAUGGAGGUUUCUGGUCAGGCCACAUGUCAGAUCUUUUACUUGAUGGUCAUGCUGAUUGGAAACCUGCUGGUUCUGAACCUGUUCCUGGGCCUGCUGCUGAGCUCAUUGAAUGGGGAUUAUUUUGUUCCAGUGGAAAACGUUGAAAACAACAUACAGAUUGCAUUAAACCAAAUAAGAAACAGACUAAAGAUAAGGACUUAUAAAGAAACAGAAGCAGUGGACAGGAACAAGGACCAUGCAUGUGUGGCUCUGGAUGUAGUGUCCUCCAAGCAGAAUGCCAGUUCCAAAAGGGCCUCAAUUACAGAGACUGAGCCUGAAAACGAAAAAGAGGAAAAGACGCAGUGUGUCAUUGAGCAGAAACAGGAGAAGGAGGAUGAAAGCACACCUGAGCCCUGUUGCUGCGACAGUUGUUACCGCUGCUGUCCAUUCCUGGACGUAGACACAUCCCAGGGCUUUGGCAGGGGCUGGGCUCACUUCAGGACAUCCUGUUUGUUCAUUGCAGACCAUAAGUGCUUUGAGGUUUUAAUCAUCAUUGCCAUCCUGCUGAGCAGCGUAGCUCUGGUAUUUGAAGACGUCUAUCUACAGCAGAAUCCAGACAUGCAAGAUGUUCUGAACAAAGCAGACCAGGCGUUUGCCUGCCUCUUCCUUCUGGAGAUGCUCAUCAAGUGGAUUGCCCUUGGACUGAAGAAAUACUUUAGUAGCUUCUGGUGCUGGCUCGACUUUCUCAUCUUGGCCGUAUCAGUGAUGGCUAUUACAGGCGCAGGGCUGGGAUGCAGUGAACUGGGAGCAGGUCUGUCUCUGAGGACUCUGAGGACUCUGCGGCCCCUGAGGGCUCUAUCCCGCUUCCAGGGCCCAAGGGUGGUGUUGGAAGUCCUGGCAGUGAGCCUCAGGUCCAUGUGGAGCGAGCUGCUGGUGUUUCUGGUUGUCUGGUUGUUUUUUAGCUGCUCAGGAGUGGAAAUGUUUGGUGGACAGUUUUCAUACUGUUACAAUGGGACAUCAAAAGAACAAUUCUUGCCUGAUGUGGUGCACAACAAGUCUGAAUGUAUGACUCUAGACGAUGCUGUCUGGAUUAACCCAUACAUAAACUUUGACAAUGUGGCUAUAGGAUACCUAGCGCUGCUGCAAGUGGCAACAUUUAAAGGCUGGUUGGACAUCAUGUACUCAGCUGUGGACACCAAUUGGGUGGAAGAACAGCCAGCGUAUGAGGCAAACCUGUACAUGUACAUGUACUUCAUCAACUUCAUCUUUAUUGGCUGCUUCUUCACCAUCAGCUUCUUCUUCAGAGUCUUCAUAGACAUGUUGGGCCAGCAGAGACACAAGUUUGGAGGGAAACAUUUUUUCAUGACAGAGGAGCAGCAGAAAUAUUCCAGGGUCCUGGGGAGGCUCUUUUCCAAGACAUCAGUCAAAUCUGGGCAUCGACCACAGAACCAGUGUCAGGCUUGGCUCUUUGACCUGGUGACCAACCCAUUUUUUGAAGUCUUCAUGGUGGUGAUGAUUUUCCUGAACAUGGUCACUAUGAUGGUGGAGACAGACCAGCAGAGCCUAAUGAAAGAAAUGAUCCUGUACUGGAUCAUGUUUAUCUUCAUCCUCAUCUUCCUCUUUGAGUUUCUGCUGAAGAUCAUUUCAUUCAGAAAACACUACUUUACUUGUGGCUGGAACAUUCUUGACUUUAUGGUUCUCAAUGCUUCUAUCCUAAGUCUGUUCCUUAGCCACCUCUUUGUGAAGUUUUUCAUCCCACCAAUGAUCUUCCCUAUGUUUCGAUUGGCACGUGUCUGUCGAAUCCUCCAUCUUUUCCACUUCACCCGAAGGAUCCGGACACUGCUUUUGGCUUUUGUGAUGUCAUUACCUGCCCUUUUCAACAUCUGUUUUCUCCUCCUUGUCCUCAUGUUCACCUACUCUGCCUUCGGCAUGAUAAACUUUGCCUACGUGAAUAAGGAGGCCAUGCUAGAUGACAUGUUCAACUUUGAGACAUUUGCAAACAGCAUCAUCUGUAUGUUUGUGAUCACCACUAGGGCUGGGUGGGAUGGGGUCCUGAUUCCCCUCCUAAACAAAGAGCCAGACUGUGACCUCACAGGACACUGUCUGAGCCCAGCCGUGGGCAUCACCUUUUGCACCUCCUAUGUCCUCCUGUCCUUGCUGCUCGUAGUCCAGCUGUACAUUGCUGUCAUCCUGGAGGCUUUCAACGCUGACAACGCUGAAAACCUGCCUGACAAUGACCUGCAAAUGUUUUAUACGACCUGGAUGGUAUUUGACCCUAGUGCUUCACAGGUGAUACAGUACAGUCAGCUGUCAGAUCUGUGUGACAGCCUGCAGGGUCCGCUGAGGAUUCCCAAACCCAACACCAUCAAACUGGCCCGAAUGCAUCUGCCUCGGCUUCCUGGAGACAAAGUCCACUGUUUGGACAUCCUCAUGGCUCUGACUGCACAGGCUUUUGGAGAACCAGGAGAAAGGGAUGCUCUGAAAGCCAGACUGGAGGAGGAGUCAAGGACCAAGAGCUGCCCAAGUAACACCGUCAACGUUGCUGAGGCCCCAGCUGAUGCUUCAUGUGUUUAAGAUUGAACACAGCUGCCAAAUGACAACCUGAGGGACUGGAAAUCUGUUUGUCAUCAGUCAGUGUUGAACCAGUGAAAGGAUGAAUUCAAACUAAGACACAAUUGUCUUUGAACUAAUCGUUAACAAUUUGUAGCAUUUAUGUUAACAAGUAUAUUGUGUAGAAUAAAUUUUAACGUUUCUAGAAAUGUCUAAACUGAUAUGUCAGAUAUUAACCUGAUCACUCAUUCAAACCAGCACAUAUUUAGAAGUGCUCCUAUAAAGUGUUGAAUAUUAACACAUGAUCAAAUAAUUGUGUUUAUUCCUGAAUGUGGCUUCAGUAACUAAAUGCUAUGGUAUUAUGCUUUUAUUCAGUAAAAUGCUUUUUUGAUCACAUUUGCUUCAGCUUCAUGUAACCUUCAGAUCAUUGGUGCUAAUAUUAAACCACUGCAGUUCUAA